CAAAGCUGCAUAUGUCUCCACGUUGACAAGAAACAUGGACGGAUGUGGAAAAUCAUUGAUACUUUUGAUUCUGUCCUUGGUUACUUUAUGUUGCUCUUUAAUUCUCUUUAUUAUUGGACUGUUUACGGUCUCGUGGAUGAAAACGUCAGGAGUAGGGACCUCGUAUGAUUAUGGACUGUUUAAGGAAAGGGAUUGUGAUCGCGACAGAUGUACUUAUACAACAUGGUCAGAGAUAAUGAACGAGGGUUGCACAUCUAUAGAUAGGAGAAAAGUAUGCGAUUCAUUUAGUUGUUAUGAUGCUAUUUUCUGUCUAUUUUGUUUAAUUAUAAACAAUCCGUUAACUUUCGUUGGGCAAAGAACUCUCGAAAGAACUUAAGCGCUUAAAGAAAUAUUCUGACAAAAUGGUGGUUGCAAAAAGAUGGAAAGAAGCUUCAGCUUAUAUAAUUAUUUCCUUGUUUUGUUUGGCUAUAUCUGUUGUGCUUUUUCUGGUUGGGUUUUCAUCAGCAGUAUGGGUUAAAAAGACAUACGAAGAUAAAGGAGUGAGAAUGUAUGGACUUUGGAAAUAUACAAGAUAUUAUCCAUGGGUUAAAUCCACUGAGGAAUAUAGACUUAGUGGAAUGCUUUUAAGCAGUGAUGAAACACCUUUGUCGGCAACAACUACAGACUGGUAUAGAGCAACACAGGCAAUGGAAUGUCUUGGAUUGAUAAGUCUUGUUUUGGCUUUACUGGUCCUGUUAUUAUACUUCUGUGUACCAUCAUGUAAAGUACGGAAGGCACUCUAUGGAAUGAUUUUCUUUACAUUUCUAGCAGUUAUGUUUAUUGUGAUUGGAAUUGCCAUUUUCGGUUCGACUUUCGACGAGAAAGGAUUUGACGUCGGAUGGUCCAUGGGAUUAGCAAUUGCUGCAGCAUUGUUAGCUUUUAUCUCAGGGAUUUUACAAAUUUUGGAGAUGACAUAAUAUUAUAUUUAUAAGUGUGUAUGAGUGUUUCGUAAUGUAUAAUCAUUAUAAAUUGUUGUAUGUUUCACUAUUUUGAAAUGUUACAUACUAUAUGUUUUGUUGUCAUCAGUUUCUACUUAUUAUGUGUUAAAACCAUUGUUGUCGUAUAGAUUAUUAAUUGUUAAAUUUGCUUAAAAUGAAUACACUUUUCGUUAUA